AUGCCCAACCCAGACCUUUCACCCGGAUCGGAGCGUCACGCCCGGGGCAAGGAGGCUCGGGCGGCUUGCGGCUUGGUUUGGUCUCGGGAGGCCAACGCCUUCGAAGAACAUAUCACCGCGGCCACGGAUGUAUACCGCCGCACCGUGUGCGAGUUGGAUGCCCAUCUUUUGGCCCGAGAACCGGAACCGAAUCGCGAUGGGACCAUCAACACGGACCUGGAGGACGAGGGGCCCGGCACGCCCGCCACGCCCAGCAUCGAUCCAGAGGUGCUCCUUCAGCCCUCCCUCUCGAAGGGCAUGCCCUUCCACAACGGCUUCCUCUACAAGCUGGGUGAUGGGAUCUUGAACAACACCUGGAACCUCCGCUACUUCUUGCUCAUUGGGCAGACCUUGCAGUACUACCGUUCGCAGCACGAAGCUCGACCCCGCGACGCCAUCCACUUGAGUGGUGUCACUGUGGAAUGGCUGAAGGAUCAGAGCCGUCCGUUUACCUUUGCGGUGAGCAAGAGUGGCAGCCGUUCUUACUGCCUGUCGGGCUGUAGUGAGCAGGAGGCCUCUGAAUGGAUGGAGCGAAUUCAGGCGGCCAGCAAGCUGGGGAGCCCGCCUCGGGUGGAGAUCCCGACGCCGAGCUCCGCCAGGCGCUGCCAGAUCCUGGCUUCGGAGCUUCCGCUGGCUGUGCCGGCGGCUCAGACUUGGCAGGAGGCGAAGAUGAAGCAUUGUAGCCAGGUGUUGGUGCAGCUGCUGGAGCAUCGUGGCGCUCUGCGGGAGCUGCGGCAGGGGCUGCGGAUUCUGGAAGCUCCAGAUUCUGAAGAGCUUUUGCGAAGAACCUGGAAGGACCUCUUCUUUCUGCUCCUGCUGGCCAUGCUAGGCCUAGGCAGCCUUUGGGCGGCCUGGUACGUGUCGGCAGCCUUGUUGCUGGCAGGAGCAGCGAGCCUGUGCUUCAUAGCCAGAGGGGUCCCAGUGGUGGCGGCAGCGGCCUGUGUGAACGUGCCGGUGGAGGAGGUCAAGGAGGCCUUGAUGGAGCACUGGAGAUUCCGAGACUGGCAGCCAGACCACCUGGAGUCGUUGCCCCUCUCGUUGCAGCCGGGACGAGAUGAGGUGCUGCGGCUGAGGUGUCGCACUGGAAUACCAGGAUGCCACUUCAGCUGCGAGUUGCGCAGAAGGUGGGCGCGUAGUGAUGGCGCACGGCUGCUUCUGUGUGUGGAGGAGUCCGAGGGCGAGAUCACCAGCUUCGAAGGCUUUGCGAUUCAACCUUUGGACGAUGGUUGCCUGGUCGUGUGGCUUUGCGGCCUCGACUUGGCGCCGACACCGUGGACCCCCCGAGCGGUGCGCGAAGCCUUGGCAGUGCGGAGAGUCUCAGCCUUGGCCGGACUCCGGGAAUGGCUGCGUUGCCGAAGGAACGGGCCAAAGACGUCCGUCAGCAGGAUGGAGCAGAAGCUCGCUGGUGGCUUCGGCAGGUCUGGCGCUAUGCUCAAAGACAGCCUGCAGCUGCAGGUCCUGCCACUGCUGCUUCGCCCCUUUUGCCGCGCGCGGAAGGGAGGCGCCUUAGAGGCGCCCCGAGACCUCGAUCGGGCGGCGCUGUCUUGUGAUGUGCUUUUGGAGCUUGGGCGGCAAGCAUUGCGCGGGCGCGGGCGCGAGGUGUCAGUGGGGAGUCGGCCACAAGGCUUGCUGCCACAGGCUGGGCCUGACUUUGUGCAGCGCUUGUCGGCACGCUGGGCCUAUGCCAAUGUCCUGGCCCUCGCAGGUGCCGACGCACGCGAACGCCUCAUCUUGGUGAUCGCUUUCAUGGUCGCCGGGCUUCACCUGGCAGCGGCGGGCUUCCCCUAUUUGCCCUGGCUGGAGGCCUCCGGGGGCACCGAUCGCGGCAGGCACUCGGCAGUAUUGCCUGAAGAUUGUGUGGCGCAUGUGGACAUCCAGGAGGGCCGCCGGGUGGGCGGUGUGGAACGUCCCGUGCGCUGUGCCUACGAGGUUCAAAGGGCUUCCGCGUGCGGCAGCUUCCGCGUGCACGGCACCGACGAGGUGAGGACCCACUUCGUGCUGCCCAGCAGCUUCCGUUUCUCCGACAAAGGUUGGACCACUGUCGAGUUCCCGGCCACCUCCAGCUCGGUGCGCUUCAGCAUGCCAGAGCUCUGGGUGAAGCAUAGCUCUCAUCGACUGGGAGCUGGCUCGACCUACGAAUGGCACGGUCCUGCCACGUUCUCCGACAACUUGGGGAACCAGUGCCAGCUGAGCUUUGGCCACUUUGAGAAGGGCCGGGGCGUCCCGCAGGAGGACAUCAAGGGUGUGCUGAGAGAUGCCCGAGGGGCAGAGGUUGGUCGUAUCCAUGGCAGCUGGCUUGGGCCCUUGCUGUGCGAUGGCGAGGUCCUCUGGAAGGGACCCUAG